CGACUCCACUCACAGCACUCGCAAGGAACGAUGAAAGACAGACAGCAUAGCCUUCCUCGUUCAGAUUGGUGAUACUAUGUUGCUGGCACAAGCACAAGCUCUCAAUCGGUGAUACCGAAACGAACUGUUUGCCUCGCCAGCGGGCGCGAAAUUAUACCUCCCCAUGGCCGCCAUAGCCUGCCCAGGCCUUUCCUUGGCCUCGAAGCAGGUACCUCGGCACGCUGCAGCUUGCCAAGCGGCCAGACGAGCACCUAGACCAUUGCGUAUUCGCCGUCUGCACACAUUUCCUACAGCAGGACUACCUACACAUGCUCUCACCUCUUCCACACUAAGAAUUAGCUGGGAUCAGAGCGCUCGUGUACCCGCCCUGCCUCGAGAUCUGCAGCAGUCGAGUAGCUAUUCGGCGACCACAUCGAUCGAGAAAAGACCUUCAAGGUCACCCUGGACUGAUGAGCCCAUCCAGCAACAUCUUGAACAACUGCGAGAGAGAAUCAAGAGGGGCUCAACUGGCCUAGGCAUCUCGGGGUCUCGUUCUCCCCUGGAAAGCUUCGAGGCCGCCUUUCCCUACGCGACACAGCGUCAGAGCAUUCAGGAGUGGCUGACAGCUUGCGGCUUCACUGUCGAGGAUCUGCUCAGCCUCUGCUCCGUCUUUCAGCUCUCGUCAUGGUCGGAUUGCCGCACGCUACUGCAAGACCGAGGCAUCUCUGGCGAGUGGCCGAGAGCAUUCUUGCUGCAUGCCCUGGAUCAGAUCACUAGCCUGACGGAGGUGGCACAAGGCCUGCAUCAAGUCGACGCCCAACUACACACAAUGGACGCAAGAUCCAUAGUCACGUCACUCUCUUCCCUUCUGGAGGCCAUGUGUCUGCGUACCUCCGCGGUCCACCUCUUUGCCAAGUUCACAGACCUACUGGAGAGGGGAGCUGAUGUGCUCUUCAGACCUUGCGAGAGUCAGGCAGAGGGUGCUUCGGCUUCGCCGUGGAGAACAGAGUUCAUGGAGCUCGUGGAAGAUUACCUCCUCAACCUCACCAAGUGGGCUGAUCCUCGAACCAGACACGCCGCUCUACGCAUCGUUGCUCUGUCGGACCGUUUGCGGCAGGACAAGCUCAUUGCAGAGGAUACCACAACGCACCUUCGCCAUAUCCUAUGUGGCAUUACAGAACAAGAGUCGACAGACACACCUGUAGUGUCGCGAACGUCCUACCUCACCCGAAAACGGCCUGAUACCAAGCUCUACGACUGGCUCUUCCUCGAAGAGAAGAUGUGGGGCGCCCUGGCCCAGGGUAUGGACACUGAGAGCGAAGGCGAGCAGCUCCUCUUUGCUGCCUUUUUCGCUAAUCAUGCUGCUCAGACUGGGCAACGUCAUCUUUUCGAGCACCUUUCCGCCUUUGUUACAGGGCUGCAGACCCAACUAUCACCCACCUCGCGCAUCUGGCAGGCUGCCAUGGUGCAGUAUAUCCGGGCCAUAAUGAACUUCCGAGGACAUUCGACUGGGCGAGCGAUUGCGCUGUCUCAAGAGGUUCUACAGCAGGCGCUACCUCAUGCCUUUGGGAGAUUCGAGAUGCGGCUGUGGAGAGCUUUCUUCCGCUGUGGCAUCGAGAGAUCUGAUAUCGACCCUAACUUCUUUCUUGAUCUGCUAUCACCUGACAAGCAGGGCAGACGAGUCCAUUCCUCUCGGUUGACACCAAGCGCCAGUUGUCUCAAAGAUGCCAAUCUUUACGAUUGUCUCCUAUCAGGGCUGAGCCGGAAACGAGAGCACUCGAAACAGGACUUGGAGACUGGUCACCUGAUUUGGCAUCACAUGCACAAUCGUGGAAUCGCCCCUUCGUCGAGAUCUGCCAUCAAUAUGGCUCGUCUGUCCAUAUUGGGCGGGUACUGGUCUGAUGCUCUCGACAUGCUCUCAUACCUAGCUCUCGAUUCAGCCGCCAAAGAGGCUGUCUCUGCGCUGCAAGGUGAAUUGGAGGUGGUCGGACUACCUAUCCACUCUUUCACUUCAGACAGGACAGCUCUGCCUCUGCCGUCAGGGAGCCGCAUCACCGUACGCAAAGCGAGUGACAACACCUUUGCCUCUCGCACGAUCUUGUCCAGCGUUUUGAGGGCCAGGCAGCCUCUGGCAUGCUUUCCUGUCUGGCGUAACGUGACCGCCAUUCUCGGAUCGCCUUUUGACGCUUUCUCCCUUGCCGGACUUCUACAAGCUGCUCUGCACCUAUCAAACCUCACCUCAAGUAACAAGUACGAGGCUCAUGUCUCCGUCGAAUGGGCCGGAGCCACGCCGAUCGUCCGAGCAAAGAAUGUCUUCCGACGAACACUGCUGUCGCAACAUCCCGAAUUGGCGCUAGAGAACAGUGCUCUUGUGGCCAUGAGGACUGGCCAGGACUGGAUUACUCGGAGCGAGAUGCAGCUGCAGCGCUGGGAGGCCUGGGUGCACAAUGCCCUUGCCGUCUUCCGGCGCAAGUCCCGACAUCUGAAGGUCAUCAAGAAGAGCAACAAGCCGUACCGCCACGAAAAGGGUCAGCUGGCUCUGAACCACAUCGUCUUUGACGCCCGGCAUUUCGAGCUCUUCCUGAUUGUUUGCUUACACAUCCGCCACCUUUCAGGAGGUGGUGCUGCGGGCGAUACUGAGUCCAAUUGGCAGCAAAUCCUGCAGGUCCUCUCCUGGAUGCGCUACCUGGACAUUGAGCCCACGACCGACUCGCUCUGCUAUGUCAGUCAAGUCAUCUGGGAAUCCUUACCUCCCGCUGCUUCGGGUGCAAUGUGGCAGACGGAGGAAAAGCCAAUGGGUCCUCUGCAGGAUUGGUGCGAGGAGUGGAUCAGGCCAGAGGUGAUGCCUACGAUGAAGCAGGUGCAGCUGAGGAACUAUACCCAGUUCAAGACGUUGCGAUCAUCUUCGUGGGAGAUGCAUGGGAUGGAGAGGGAAGACGGAGAGGAUGAAGACGAUGUGGACUAAGCGGCUAGUGGCAAUGGAAGGAACGAUUUUAUUGUACAGUGUUGCGGCAUACAAGCGUCAUAAUAUCAACGUCUCCUUCGUCUACCUCUUGCAUCUCAUCUCUGACUCUGCCCUCUGAGCAAUGUAGCACUCACGGACCUACAUGCCCAGAGCAGUUGCCAAGGGAACUGCCCUCGCUUCUGUGAUCCGCUAAAUCAAGGCCACAGUCCUAUCGAGCUCGCCCUUGACACCUCUGAGGAUCGUCUCCCCUC